CAGGAAAUUGAGGCUAUGAAGCAACGCGUGAAGGAAAUGGAAGCUGAGGCUGCCAAGCUGCGUGAAAUGCAGGCACAGGCAGAGAAGGAGAUGAAUAUGACUGAAGAAGGUAAAAAUAAUAAAGAAGCUGUAGAUGCAAGAUCAGUCUAUGUAGGCAAUGUGGACUGGGGCUCAACACCUGAAGAGAUUCAGGCACAUUUCCAAUCAUGCGGUACUAUCAAUCGAAUUACUAUUCUUUGCGACAAAUGGACUGGUCAACCCAAAGGAUAUGCUUAUGUUGAGUUUGCUGACCCUUCCUCUGUCGCCAAUGCCAUGGUCUUGAAUGAAUCACUUUUUCGUGCACGUCUGAUCAAGGUGACACCAAAGCGUACUAAUGUUCCAGGAAUGGCUGCUAAUCGUGGACGUGGUCGUGGCAGAGGUGCUUAUCGUGGUGGCUUUGCGGGCCAUCACGCCUAUGCCCAUCAGCCUUAUGGCCCAUCACCACCCGCAUACGGCCAUCCUCCAUAUGGAGGAUACCGUGGCAGAGGGUAA